GCAAUGCGGCUUAGCCGCCAAUACGAUGAGUUAUCUCGUCAGUUCCGGUCUAUCCGGAUCAACCUAAAACAUGAGGAGUGGGUCGUACGAGGCUAUGCUGGACAUGGUGGUUUGAUAACUUCUACUAUUUCCUAUACACGCAAUGGGGCAAACUUCAGAAUGGCCAAUUCCUCUCUUUCGUGAUUCAACUUCGUUUACCUAUUCUCUCGCUACUCUUCAAUAACUUGAUCGCGACGACAGCUCUCGUUCCAACCAUUGCAGGAAAUCGUUAGCGAGGAUGGCUUCGCCUUCGCGAAGCCUUCAAAAUACCUGGGACACUGCAUGGGCUACCGCACCCCCCGCUGCGUGUCAAACACUUCAUAACCUCAACAACGCCGUAGCAUGGGGUGAAGAAUGCGUUUUCGAGCAGGAUGCAGGCAUUGCGAUCUCGUUUUCGGUCAACACAGCAUGCAUGCCAUGGGCGACAUCGAACGCCCAUCCAAGUGCCUCCACCUUCUACUCGCCCGCUACCGCAUGCCCGCCGUCAUGGUCCGCCGUUGCAACACAUACGAGUGGUGAUCAGUGGGUGACGGGUGAGACAGGGCUGCAAUGCUGCCCGGGUGGUUUUGCCGGUGAUGGCAGAGGUGGAUGUCGACCAGGAAGCAGUGGCUCAUGGCCAGUCGUCGAGUGUAGCGGGGCGGAUGCGGAGAAGAACGGACUGAAGACGUACUCGGCUGCGGCGUGGCCGGUGACUGCGAGGCCUACUAUUACUGCCUUGCGACUUAGAUACCAAGCAUCCGACAUGGGGCGUAGGAGCGCCACAAGCGGAGGUCCUUCACCCACGAGCUCAAGUGGAGGAAAUGGCACUGGUGGUGGAGGUGGACUGUCUACUGGAGCGAUAGCAGCCAUUGCAGUCAUCAUCCCCUUGCUCGUCGUCAUCAUAGCACUAGUAGUGUUCUUCAUAUGGAGGAGGAAGAAACAUGGCAGGGAGGCCGCGGCACUUCUUGCAUCCAGGAGUCUCGCAGACGAGAAAACAGGACGACUGCAAGCAUCUCUCGAAUCCAGCCAACAACCUUACCAUACAACCACGGAUUUCAACGACGAUUCGAGCUUGGGAGUCGCGGGGCGAAGAGGAUCUGCGGUGGUCGCUGUGGUUAGAGUCAGCCCGCAAAACGAAACGCCCGAAUGGAAUGCGGAACUCGAUGCUUCCGAAGCCGAGCGGCAUAGGUUGUUGUCCCCGGCUUCUACUGCUCCUGUGUCUGCUGCUCCUGUGUCUACGACAUCGAUUGGAAAUCACAGUGCAGCGAUAGAGCUGGGAGGCAUGGCAAGGGUACCGAGAAAACCAAUACAACCUGUGGAAUUGGAUAGCACAGCCAUGGUGGCGGAAGUUGGGGAUGCUUAUAUACCUUAUCGUACUAAUGCUGCACCAGGCAGGUGAUGAAGGGUAUGUUCAAAGCCAAUGCCAUGUCGAAUACGAGAAAUGUUGUCAUUGUUUCGAUACCCCCAUUUAUGACAUGCGAGACACAUUGUGAGAUACCGAUGUAUGCUCCAGGCUCUU